AUGGAAAAGGUUCGCCGAAAACUAGCCUCGGUCGAGGUGGCAUUCAGUAGCAAACGCGCAUUUUUAUCGGCCAUUGAAACAAAGGAGUCGGCAGCAGGUCGGCUUAACAAUCGGAAUCCAUGGACAAAUGAAGAUCUAGACAUAAGUCCAAAGAGGGAUUGGACUUGGGCCUGGUGGGAUUAUGCGGCAUUCUGGUGGUCCUAUGGGUUUUCGACCGGAGUGUGGACUGCCGGGUCAUCCCUUGUGUCUCUUGGACUCACAUCGUGGCAAGCCAUCAUCGCCAUCUUCAUCUCGCAUUUUCUCGGCGCUGUCGGCAUGGUGAUGCACUCGCGCUCCUCGGCGACAUAUCACUUUGGAUUCCCCAUCGCGUGCCGCAUCCCCUGGGGCCUUUACGGCGGGUACUUUCCCGUGUUUGUGCGUGUCGUCGUGGGCACCAUCUGGGUCGGCGUGCAGAUUGCACAGGGGGGCUACUUUGUCGCGGUUCUUUUCCGCGCAGUCUUUGGACAGGGUUUCGCAGACAUGAAGAACACCAUUCCUGCGUCGCAGUACAUUACGGUACAACAACUGGUCGGUGUCCUAGUGUUCUGGGUCUGUACGUUGCCACUGUUGAGUGUUCCAAUCCCCAAGGUCAGGGUAUUGUUCACGAUCAAAUCCGUCGUGCUCCCACCUAUAGUCAUUGGCCUGUUUGUCUUUUGUAUGCUCCAAGGUCGGUCCUCGGGUCAGUCCCCCGGCGACUUUGCGAGCUCGGGCACGCUGUCUGGGUCUGCGUUGGCCUGGACCAUGUUGGGUGGUAUCAACUCGGUCAUGGGCAAGACAAGCACGAGUAUUGUGAAUCAACCUGACCUUGCCCGUUAUGCCCGGACCAGGACUGCGCCGACGUGGUCGCAGCUCAUAGCACUUCCCAUCGGAAAUACGUUGUGUGCCACGCUCGGCAUCUUUGGUGCAAGUGCGAUACGUGCUGGCUGGGGCGAGCUGAUCUGGAACCCAUGGGACCUUUGCUCGGCGAUUCUCGACAGAUACUGGGGUAAUGGAGCCCGAGCUGGCGUGGCUGUUGUGUCGCUCGGCUUCAUCUUCUCAAUCAUCGGAAGCAACCUGGGUGCGAAUGUUAUUCCCUGGGGCGCCGACACGACAGUCUUGAUGCCUCGAUACAUCAAUAUCAAGAGAGGAAUGUACAUUUCGUACAUAAUUGGGCUGAUCAUUUGCCCGUGGCGCAUCCUGAAGAACGCAGCUACCUUUCUACAGUUCCUUGGCGGGUACAGCAUCUUCCUUGGACCGUUUGUAGGAAUCUUCCUAACAGACUAUUUAAUCUGUCGCAGAGGCAAUAUCUACCUCAAAGAGCUCUAUACGCCGUCGGGGCGCUAUUGGUACGAUUUUGGAAUCAAUUGGAGAGCUCUGGUUGCUUACUUGGUGGCCGUCGUCUUGCCCAUACCUGGAUUCGCGGAGACCUUUGGGGAGCCGGUCCCUAUUGCAUGGCUUCGUAUUUACCAAGUAGGUUGGUUGUUGACAUGCAUCCUCAGCAGUAUUGUCUACUGGCUUCUCAGCUUUGUGGGCAGUUUUGCGCUGGAAGAAAGAAAGAUGGGUUUCGAAACUAUAGCUUGGGAACAAUUGGAUGCUUUCAUUGAGCCGGUUGCUGAAUAUUCGGGUCAUGACGGGUCGCAAUCCACUCCCAUUAGCCUUCUAGCCGACCCGAAAUCAUAG